GUCGAGCGAAUUGCCAGAAAGUGAUUUGUUUACAAAAUACGACAUGGUAAUAACAAGAUUUUAUGUUGAGGGAAAGCUCUAGGAUACACUGGAGUAUUGAACUAAAGAGCACUAUUUGCAUCUUCAGUCUAAUCUCCCUUCUUCAAUCCACAAAGAAGAGAUAAUCACCUAUAAGGAAAUCCGAUAAUGCCCACAAGAAUCAUGGGAGGAUGCAGCUCUCCAGCUUUGAUCAGCUGCUGUCUACUCUUUGCCUGCCUUUGCCUGACCAAGCAGUUCUCUCUCUAUGUUGGCGCCCUCAAUGUUGACUCUGAAGUUGAUUGUGAAAUCGACAUAAACGACAUGCUUGACUAUGACCCGGUUACACAGACCAGCGCUCGAUGCGAGAGAAUGAAACGGGAGAAGAAGAAAGCUAAAGAUCAAUGUCAGACAAAUUUAGAAGAUGCAACACAAAAGCUGGAGUCUUGUCUGACGUCCAGUGAUCACAAGCCAUGUGACUGUCCUCCACCUAUCGAAUGCCAGGAUGAGGUUCAACCUACGCCUUGUCAUGAUGCGGAAGAUAUGUUCUUUCGUCGUCUUGUACGUCACUUUGCCAAUGUCAUCCAAGAAAAGGCUCCAGAGAGUGGCCCAGUUGAAGCACAGAUUGAGGUCCACCUCACCAGUCAUGAGUGGAAGAAACUCCAGAGCUUUGCCGAUGGUAAGGACGAGUACAGACGAGCCGACAUCCACGAUGUCAUGGUUGGCAUGACCCUAAACAUCUUCUACUUCAACCAGACAAGUGUCAUGGAAUGGCUCGGAGAACAGAUCAAUUUGAGGUCUCCUGCUGUCAUUUUGCUCACAGUUUCUGUCACAGUCCUAUGCAUAGUGUUUGGUGUGGGUAUGUACUCGGACCUCUAUUGGAACCGACGCUUCAUCGCCUGCCUCCUAACAUCCACAUUUGUCAUCAGUCUGAUAUGGAAUUGGAUUUAUCUCUACCAGGAAGAAACUAUCAAGCGUUACCGCAAUGCCCAGAAGUAUGAAAAGAUCCCCGCCAAUUGCAUGCCGCACAAGAUGACUUGGGUCCAGGCAUUGCACGAAUGGUUCACUUCCAUGACAUCGAUCCGCACAGAUGAGUGUUUUGAGUACCAUAGGAUCUAUCAGGUGGAUCCCCUCUUUGAUAUACCACCAACUAGGGCUUUAUCCGUCACCAUCUCAUCGCUCUUUGUAGACAAUUUCAAAUACUUUGGUCGAGCCGUCAGUGAAUUCCAUGCCGAGAUCUUCAGGGACCUGCCUAUCUGGGCAGCACUACCUGCCCUUGUGUCUUGCUAUGUAUUUGGUUUCCUGGCUCUCCACGCAUACAUAUCCGCACCAAGGAGGGUCCUGAGAGAGCGCCCUCAACAGAUGGUCAGAAGAAGAGACCAACAAGCUUUGGGAGCAGCCCAGGAGCAAAACUUACCAAUUGCUGAACACGAAGAGUAUGGUGACCUUGAAGGGGAUGAUAGAGAAGGAAACAGGAUAGAAAAUAUUCAACCGCCAACUCUACCUGCAGCUGGGAAAGGAAAGAAAGAACCUCCCAGGAAACAAGGUUCUGCUCAAAAGACACCCCCUGGCAGCCAACAUCUGCCUCAAGGAGCAGUCGGAGGUGACACUGAUGAUCACCCACGGGGUAUCAGAAGAGAUGGUCAGUUCAACAGCUCUCAAGACAAAGUUUUAUUUCCAGAUGUGAAGAGGGAUGAGCGCCUAGUCCAAGAGGAAAGGGGCUAUGAAGUGGGACCAAGUAGUUUAGGUCCUGCAGUUAGACCAAAGUUCAGUCCUCUUCAAUCUGGACAAACCUUCCGGAAUGAUACAGACACAAGCAGCUCAGACUCUAUAGAAGCGGAUGAGCCAACACCUAGACCAAAAGACUUUGGUAGUCACAGGCCUUCCAGGCAGAAGACACCGGUCAAAAGAGCAACAUCUAUUGGCGAUAGCGAAUCUGGUAACUUGGUAAGCCAUCCUGCGUCAGAGAGGUCUGAUGGGGAAUCCUUGAUGGGUUCAAUGUGCGAGUCAUCCCUUAAAGAACCAGAGGCCAGUGAAGCCUUUCCAAGAGAUACCCAUGGAGGACACCUGGCUUCCGCUCCUGAUGAGGAAACCACAGAGUCAUCCAACCUUCCCACGGGAUUCACCACACCGUCCUCCAUAGGUAGUCCUGAUGACAUCUCGGUGAUCAGUCAGUCACCUGAGAAUACCAACAGUGCCUCCUACGACUUCAUCACCACUAGCAGCUUCGGCCUUCUUGGUGAACAAACCCACAACCCGGAGGCGGAUCAUGGUGCUGAGUUUGGUGAGGAAGAGGACUUUGAAGAUGAUUUUGAGGUUCUGAAGAUUGAGAAAUGAUGCGACAUCCCUGUACUUCCAAUCCCAGGAGCAUUGCCACAAUGAUCCCCCCCCCCCCCCCUCCCUCCACUGGCAAAAGGGCAUAACUGACAUUUUUGUGUUUUUGAGAUAUUGAGGAAAUUGUCAUUGGUUUCUGUGAAAAAUUUUAUGUUUCUUUUAACAUGUUAAUUAUGAAACAAAUGGUCUUUAUACCUGGCAGAAACUGAUCCCCCAUAUUUUCAAGACUUGUGUCAAUGGAAAACCUAUAUAAUUGCUUAAUCAGCCAGUCUCCAACAUUUUAUUAAAGCAGGGGUGAUAAACACAAGAUACUGAAUCAUCCUCUAAAUAAUUAUUCAUUUCAUUUAAAAUAUCAGUCAUAUUCUUUUCAUGGGGAGCGGGGAGGGGUCAGUAGUACAAUGCUGGAGUGGUACCUGUGCAUACCUGAAUGUUCAAAAUUGUCGCAAAUUUCAUGUAAGAUGGCAGUGAUGAUUGGAUGCAUUCUUUGAUUUCAAUAUCUACAUGUUUGUUGUAUAAUUGUCUUCUUGGUAAUAAACCAGGCAUGUUUAGGCUUCCAAAUCUGCAAUUUUACCUAGAUAUCUAUCACCAAAGAAAUAGUUAGCAAUUAUUCUUUAUUCUGAUAUCAAAGUCAAUUAAUGAAAUUAAAGGUCAGGUUCAUCUUUCCAACAGGUAACAGAAUGAAUAUUGAGCGUGUGACAUCCAAUCUCUUAUGCAUAUUAACCAUGUUUGAAGAUAAUUGUUUGGUGAAAUUAAGUAAACUUUGAAAUGCUGUAAUUUUCCUAUCUUAUUUUCAAUUUCAGUUUUAGUUUGGAUUAUUUUCAUGUAUAUAAUACAGUAUAAUAUUCAACAAGAAAGAAUGGUACAUUAAUAAUUAAAUAGUACAUUACAAUAAUUCAAUAGAAAUGAGACAAUGGUAAUAACACAUACGAGACAGAUAUAUGAUGAUAAGAAUAUAAAGGAUAAACUAUUAAAAAAAUAGCUUAUGUAUAGUCUCCCUAUGAAUAAGUCAGUAUUGUCAAUUUGAUGAAAUUUUCAGGUCUAUAUUUGGUUCAUCGCUGUUUAUUCAAAAUCAGCAUGUCGGGAUGUACUUGACCUUUAAUAAGUAUUUCUAAAUAUAUGUAACUGAAUUUUGUUGGUGACCUGUACACAUGAUGCUGAAGUGCAUUUUCUGUUGCAGACAUUAUUUAAACUAUAUUGCAAUUAGAGAUAGCCAGUAGGGCCAUACAACUCAGAUUUUUUUUCCACAAGCCCUUACAAGGUACCAGGUCGCUCUCAUCUAAUUCAAAACUUGUGUGUUUCAUAAUUCUUUCGUGCAAGUUGUGCCCUUAUUGUGUAUGUCACUCCUUCACAUAAUUUCUGAGAGAUUGGUCGACAAAAGUGUACUGAGCACCAUUCAUUUGUCACAGUAGCCCGUAUUCUAAAGUCGGGUUCAACUUGCAUGGUCUAACUCUGUGCUAAAAUUAUGGGAAGCCAAACGUUUAAAAAAUUUUUUUACAUUGAAUGCUUCUUGUGUUAACUGUGCUUUUUACUAAUUAGUUAAUGGUGAAGACAAUUGUCAUACUUAUCUUUCCAAGGCAGUUAAUAAUGUUUUGGGAGUCAAAGAAGCUGAUACACUUAACCUCUACUGUUAUUGAUUUAUGUAACAACUGGCUUUUCAGAGUUAAACCACAACUUAAAACCAGAGUUUAAAUUAAACCCAACUUCAGAAUACGGGCCAGUGUUUCUAUUUCAAAGUGGUUACAAACUUCAUUUGACAUUACAAAGAUAUCCUGGGAUCUCACUUGUAGAUCAUCUGAUUAAUCCUUGAAACACCAGGCAUGGUGGCUCAGUGGUAGAGCGUCCGCCUCAUGAAUGGGAGGUCAUGGGUUCGAUCCCAGGCCGAGUCAUACCAAAGAUGUAUAAAAAUGGGACCUUCUGCCUUCUUGCCAGGCGUGCAUCAUUUAGAUCGGAGAAGGGUUAUAGUAACACAUUAAGUCAUGCAGGGCUUGCUGAAGUGGCUACCCUGGGUAAAUAAAACAUUACUAUUAUUAUUCCCUGUGCUUGGGACUCAUUGUUCAGUUGAAGAUUUUUUCUUCUUUCAAUUUUAAUUCCUAUAAUCUGGGAAAAAAAGUUGUUGUCCCUCAAGGAAAACUUUUUCCCCAUUAUUAAUCUACAUCUGCCACUCUCCAUCCAGGUUAUAAUAGGCUUGCCAUUUUCAAACCUUGGGAGCAUUUCAUGAAAGGACUUGUCAGACGUUUUAUCCGACAAGUCCCAUUUUAUCCGAUAGUUACCAUAGUAACAGUGCUUCUCAGCCAACCAAAAUCCAGAAAAGUUGUCAGAUCUGACAAUUUGUCGGACAAAAACGUUGCUGAAACGCUCUCUUGUAGUCUUGUCAAUGUUGUCAUCUAGACUUUGAUGAAGAUGCCAUUUGGGCAAACUCUUCAAACAUUUCCCCCAACACAGUUGUCCAAUGGCAAGACAUUGAUCUACAUUUGCCACUCUCUACCCAGGUAAUAAUAG